AUGGCUGAACAUGUUCUCUCUCUCUAUAUAUAUAUAUCUAUCUCUCACUCUUACUCGCCCCCUUUCUCUCUCUCUCUCUCUCUCUCUGUUACUCUAUUUCAUUCUCUCUCUCUCUCUCACAUUCUCUCCUUCUUGUUGCCUUUCUCUCGUCCUCACGCGCUUAUUCUCUUGCUCUCUCUUUUAAUUUUCCCCCUUUCUCGCUUGAUCUUUUUCUUUUUCUUUCUCUUUUUUGCACACUUUUUACUUUUCUCUUCCUUCUCUUGUUGCUCUUACUCUCUCUCUCUCUCUCUCUAUCUCUCUCUAUCUUGCCUCUUUCUCUUUUAUGAUCUCUUUCUUUCACUCCUCUUUCUCUUUUCUCUCUUUAAUUCUCUCUUUAAUUCUCUCUCUCUUUCUCACUUUCCAGCUCCCUUUGUUAUGUUUUCUCUCUUCCUCGUCUUCUGGUUUUCUUUCUUUUUCCCCUCUCUCUCUUGUUCGCUUUCUCUUUUUCUCCUUUAUGUCCCCCCUUUCUCUUUCUCUCUUUCUCCCUCUCUUCCUGCCCCCCCUUUCUUUCUACCUCGCCUUCUUCCUCUCUCAUUCACAUUCUUGCUUUAUAAAUGA